AUGCCGCCGCGCCAGCCCGCACCGAAGCCGCCGCACAAGAUGGAGUUCGCGACGAACAGCCUGCGGAACACGACGCUCGCCGCGGGGGACGACGUGCUCUACUACGAGAUCGUGACGCGGUACUGGCACCCGAACGUGACGCGCGUGGUCAAGCACGACUUCGAGGCGCGCACGCUCGUGCCCGUCGCGGAGAUCGAGGACUUGUUCCAGAGGGAGCCGCGCGUGCGCUUCAUUGGGCCGGACGGCGCCGAGGGCGAGUGGGUGGACGCGGGGCAGCUCGUGGCGUUUGACGAGCAGCAUGGGGGGACGUUCACGAUCGGGGAGGGCGCGGAGUAUCGGUGGAGAGUGCACAAGGGAAGCCUCCAGCUUGUACGGGCGGACGACCCCGAGAAGACGUUCGCCGACUUUCACCCGCCCAAGCGGCAUUUCGGGGUCUGGCGGAUGUCCCACCGGGCGUUCUUUGAGAUCAAGCCCGAGUCGGAGGUCAUGCACGCGCUCGAGAAAUUCAUCGUGACCUACCUGCUCGUCGAGCGGAGGCGGCGGGAUGCGCGCAUCGGGCUCAAGCUCAGGCUGGGCAGGAGACGGGUGCCCAAGCCCGUGCACUGA